GCCUUCGCAGCGCCGCCGGCGACCGUCGCUACCUUCAGCGCCAUGACGGAAAGUGAGAGCCUCCGCACGUCCCGUCACGCAGACACCGCUCUCGCGAGAGUUCGACGGGGCAGAGAAGAGGCGAUGGCGGCGAUGGCAUAUCUCGGCGCCCUGGCGCUGCUCCUGCAGUCCAGCCUCUCCCGCUGCUCAGCUGAGGCCUGCCUGGAGCCCCAGAUCACCCCUUCCUACUACACCACUUCUGACGCUGUCAUUUCCACCGAGACUGUCUUUAUUGUGGAGAUCUCCCUGACAUGCAAGAACAGGGUCCAGAACAUGGCUCUCUAUGCUGACGUCGGUGGAAAACAAUUCCCUGUCACCCGAGGCCAGGACGUGGGGCGUUAUCAGGUGUCCUGGAGCCUGGACCACAAGAGCGCCCACGCAGGCACCUAUGAAGUCAGAUUCUUCGACGAGGAGUCCUACAGCCUCCUCAGGAAGGCUCAGAGGAAUAACGAGGACAUUUCCAUCAUCCCGCCGCUGUUCACAGUCAGCGUGGACCAUCGGGUGAGCGGCCUGGUCCGUCCUCCUUUUUGGGGUGGUUGGGCUGAGUGAAGGUUCUCAUCCUCUCCACAGCCCCAGCUCCGCUGCUGGGCCGUGAUUGGCCAGCGUGUCAUGGUUCCCCUGGUGGAGGGUGACCAGCACUGGCUGGUCUGCUUGCCUAUACCCACCUGAGCUGGCUUGUGAUCUCCUUUCUUUCAGGGCACUUGGAACGGGCCCUGGGUGUCCACUGAGGUGCUGGCUGCGGCGAUUGGUCUUGUGAUCUACUACCUGGCCUUCAGCGCAAAGAGCCACAUCCAGGCCUGAGGGUGGCACCCCAGCCCUGCCCUUGCUUCCUUCAAAUAAACAUCACAGGACCUGA